AUGACGACUCCCACGUUUUGGAACACGAUCGAGACUCUAGUCAGUCCUGUACCACCAGUGGUUCUGGAGGCCGAGCAACAAUGUAAGAAGGGGGAACUGGUGAUUGUAGGAACAGGCAUCGCGAGCGUUCGUCAGAUGACCAUUGAGGCCUUGGACUACAUCAUGCAGGCGGACAUGGUCUUCUACUUGGUUCUGGAUCUGGCUACCGAAGCUUUCAUCCAAGCUCAUGCCAAGAAGAGCGAGAAUCUCCAUCAAUACUACGGCACGGAGAAGCCCCGCAUCAGAACAUACACUCAGAUGGCCGAAGUCAUGCUGAACAGCGUUCGCGGCGGAAAGCUUACCGUUGGCGUAAUGUACGGCCACCCCGGUGUCUUUGUCAAUCCCUCGCAUCGGGCAAUUGACAUUGCACGGCACGAAGGCUACGAGGCGAAGAUGCUCCCCGGUGUGUCAGCCGAAGACUGUUUGUAUGCCGAUCUAGGGAUAGAUCCGAGCACCACUGGAUGCUCCAUGUUCGAAGCCACAUUUCUGCUCUUUGAGAAGGACAGGAUCGACACCCGCAAUCACUUGAUCAUCUGGCAACCAGGUGCUAUUGGAAAGAGUGCAAUGAUCUUCGACAAUGAACAUGUUCAUAAGGUAGGUGACAAUAAUUUCAGCACUGUUGCGAGUCCUACUGAUGUUGUGAAGCUGGCCGACUAUCUGGAGCCACUCUACGGUCCAGAUUUUCCCGUGUUCUCCUACGUCGCAGCUAUGCGGCCUCUCGAGAAGUUCAAGCUUGAGAAGAUCACCAUCAAGGACCUGCGGGACAAUGCAGUCAUCAAGCGUAUUGGACUGAACCCAUGCACGACUUUCUAUCUUCCACCGAAAACGCUCCCACCGAUCAAUCGUGGAAAAGGAUCACCGUGGGAAGGCACUUUGCCACGCGUUACGGAGGCUAAGAACGACGAGUUGCCUACCGCCCAAGCUCUGCUGCGCACUUCGGCGUACCGCAUGAGCCACCCUGAGAUGUCAGUGGCGCCACUGUAUACCAAAAGAGAACUGGAAGCUUGCGAGGAGCUCAAGAAUUUUGUGCCGCCGGAAAGCGAGAAGCCGUUGAGUGCAUCUCCAGCGCUUCGACGUGUCGCUAUGAAAGUGGCUCUCCUGCAUCACCGCUUCCAGCGGCUGGAUAGGGAUCAGAUCGCCGAGAUAGCAGCAUCCGACCCCGAUCUCACCAAGGACGAACGUGAGAGGCUCCUUCAUUACGUGGAGAACAUCGAGUCCAUCCUGAAAGGAACUCCCUUCUCGCGUAUCCCACCCCUGCCAGUGCCAUCCGUCAACACGUUCGCCCAGGCGGAAGACGUCGUUGAUGAGGUUGCUGAUAUAUUUGAGGCGGUCAUUGAGGAGAACGAACACCAUGUCACCGGGAAGGGCUUGCAGCUUGUUGCAUUGGUUCGUUAG